UGAUUUUGUUAAAAGAGUUGAAGACGCGUUACAAGGACGAACUUUGCGUUAUGUUCGCAUGAUAGGUUUAGGAAGUAUGUAUGGGCAUCUCGAUCACUAUGAUUAUGAAGAUAAUGAAAUUGGAAAAACUGAAAGGAAAAUUUUAAUUGAAAAGUUGGACGAUGAUUAUAAGAAAAAAUAUUUAAAGUCUUCACAAAUUACGGCAAUAUUUCAAUUUGCAUUGGGACUUUUGGUAUUUUAA